AUGCGAAUCAACAUAUCGACAGAUGAACAAGGCAUGAACACUUGUCGAGCCAAUGAAAUACGUUGUAGUUCUGGAUUUCUUCCAUGUAUUCCUGCCUCUUGGAGGUGUGAUGGAGUAGAAGACUGCCGUGAUGGUGGUGAUGAGGAGAACUGUGGCAAUCUUACCUGUAACCCAUUAGAGUUUACUUGUGCCAGUGGUAGGUGCAUUUCCAAAAAAUUUUUCUGCAAUGGUGCAGAUGACUGUGGUGAUGGAAGUGAUGAAAAAGAUUGCAAGCUACAUACCUGUGGCCCUCAUGAGUUUCGGUGCAAUAAUUCUGAAUGUAUCUCCUUGAAUUGGGUAUGUGAUGGCAAUGCUGACUGUGCUGACAAAUCUGAUGAAUCUCCAAACCAGUGUGGGUAUACGCUUUCAACUGUGACCUGCUCUCCGAGUGAGUUUUUGUGUGAUUCUGGUGAAUGCAUUCACCGCAGCUGGUACUGUGACGGAGAUAAAAACUGCAAAGAUGGAAGUGAUGAAGCCAAUUGCUCACCUAAAGUUUGUAAAUUUGGUCAUUUCAAAUGUGGUGAUAACUGUAUUCCUGAAAGCAAGAAAUGCAAUGGCUUUAUUGAUUGUCUUGAUGGUAGUGAUGAGCUCAACUGUAAGAUUCUAGAGUGCACAGGACCUUCUGAUUUCAGGUGCCAAACUGGAGAAUGUAUAAAUAUGACCCUAGUGUGCAAUCGGCAACAAGAUUGCAAAGACUGGAGUGAUGAACCCCUUGAAAAAUGUAAUAUGAAUGAAUGCUUGGUGAACAAUGGUGGCUGUUCUCAUAUCUGCAGGGAUCUUCUCAUUGGUUAUGAAUGUGAAUGUCCACCUGGCUUUGAAGUGGUUGACAGAAAAUCCUGUGCAGAUAUUGAUGAAUGUCAAAAUCCAGGAACCUGUAGUCAAAUUUGUUUCAAUUUAAAUGGAAGCUAUCAAUGUGACUGUCACAAAGGAUAUCAUGUGGAUCCAAUCAAUGGGGCUUGCAAGGCCAUAGAAGAAGAGCCCUGUUUGAUUUUCACCAAUCGUCAUGAUAUCAGGAAAAUCGCAUUGCAUCACUUGGAAUACACUCAGAUAAUUGACCAGCUGACAAAUGCUAUAGCAAUUGAUGCUGACAUUACAGCACAUACAAUUUUCUGGGCUGACCUGGGACAUCAUGCAAUUUUCAGUAAAUCGAUAGAUGACCAUGGUGGUACUACUGAGAUUGCCAGAGCCAUCAGUAACGUAUCCCUCCCUUUUGGAAUUGCUGUCGAUUGGAUCCACAAGAACAUUUACUGGACAGAUGUGGGCCUUAAAACCCUUUCAGUGGCCAACUUCAAUGGAACAAAAAGGAAGAUCCUUUUUGAUACCAGUCUAAUGGAACCAGCAUAUAUAGUAGCUGAUCCGCUAACUGGGUUCAUAUACUGGUCAGAUUGGGGUGAGCCAGCAAAGAUUGAAAAAGCAGGCAUGAAUGGUGCUGGCCGCCAGCUUUUUGUUAGCACAGAGAUUUAUUGGCCAAAUGGCAUUGUACUUGAUCUUGUGAAAAGCCGUCUAUAUUGGGUUGAUUCAAAGCUACACACGUUGUCAAGCGUAAAUCUAAGUGGCCUGGAUAGGAGAACAAUAUUGCAGUCUGAAGAAUUCCUUGCUCAUCCUCUUGCUGUAACCAUGUUUGAGGAUCUUGUCUUUUGGAUUGAUGGUGAGAAUGAAAUAAUUUAUAGUGCUAAUAAGUUCACAGGAGCCAACGUGGUGAAUUUAGCUUCCAACCUUGAUGAACCUCAUGACAUUAUUGCUUAUCAUAAGUUAAUACAGCCAUCAGGCAAAAACUGGUGCAAUGGGACUUUGAAUGGAGGCUGUGAAUACAUGUGUCUUCCUGCUCCUCAGAUAACUAUUCAUUCAGUAACAUAUACUUGUGUCUGUCCAAAUGGCAUGGAACUGAACAAAGAUGGAAAGCUAUGUGCAACAGUUAACACAACCUGUGGAUCAUCAAACUUUGUGUGUCAGAAUGGGCAAUGCAUACCUAGUAAACUGAAGUGUGAUGGCAAUACUGACUGUGAAGAUGGAUCUGAUGAAAACCUAGAAUUGUGCUAUACAAGCACCUGUGCUAUUGAUGAAAUAAGUUGUGGACCUGGGUCACUCACUUGUAUUCCAGUCUUUUGGAAGUGCAAUGGAGUAAAGGACUGUGAUACUGGCAUUGAUGAGGAUGAUUGUGACAACCUUGUUUGCAGUACAGAAGAGUUUACCUGUGCCAGUGCGAGAUGCAUUUCCAUGGCAUUUGUUUGUAAUGGUGAGGAUGAUUGUGGUGAUGGAAGUGAUGAGAAAAAAUGCACACCAACUUCCUGUGGUCCACAUGAGUUUCAGUGCAAUAAUUCUAAAUGCAUCCCUUUGGGCUGGGUAUGUGAUGCUAACAUUGACUGUACUGAUCUGUCUGAUGAAUCUCCAAGACACUGUGGGCAUAUACUUCCUUUUGUGACUUGCUCUCCUAAUGAGGUCCAGUGUCAGUCUGGUGAAUGCAUCCAUAGUCAAUGGUACUGUGAUGGAGAAACUGACUGUAACGAUGGAAGUGAUGAAGCCAACUGCUCUCGGGCAUGUCAACUAGGUUACAUUCCAUGUGGUGGUGGUAGUUGUAUUCCAGGAGACAAGCAAUGCAAUGGGUUUAAAGACUGUAUUGAUGGCAGCGAUGAGUUGAACUGCAAGAAUGGUAAGUAAUGUACAGGACCAAGUGACUUCAAGUGUCAAAGUGGAGAAUGCAUAGCUAAAGUCCAAGUAUGUGAUUGGCAUCAGGAUUGUAAGGACUGGAGUGACGAGCCCCUUGAACAGUGCCACUUGAAUGAAUGCUUAUCGAGCAAUGGAGGUUGUUCUCACAUCUGCAGAGACCUUGUCAUUGGUUAUGAAUGUGACUGUCCUGCUGGCUUUGAAUUGACUGCUGGAAAAACGUGUGAAGAUAUUGAUGAAUGUCAGAAUCCUGGUGCCUGCAGUCAAAUUUGCAUUAAUAUAGAAGGAAGCUUUAAAUGUGAAUGCUCUGCAGGAUAUCACAUGGAUGCAACUAAUCAAGUUUGCAAGGCAGUAGGAGGCCAAGAGCCUUAUUUGAUCUUCACUAAUCGUCACGAUAUCCGGAAGCUAGGACUGCAUCACCAAGAAUAUACCCAGGUGGCUGUGCAGCUGAGAAAUGCUGUAGCAUUGGAUGCUGAUAUUGCAGAACAGAGAAUUUUCUGGGCUGACUUGGGUCAGCGAGCAAUUUUCAGUUUAUUUAUGUAUGGAAAGAAAAGCAAAACUGGUGUUUCUAGAGUUCUUAACGAUGUAGAUAUUCCUACGGGGAUUGCUGUGGAUUGGAUCUACAAGCAUAUCUACUGGACUGAUCGUGGCACUAAAACAAUCUCUGUGGCUACAUUUAAUGGAACUGAAAGGAAGACUCUCUUUGACACUGACUUGAGGGAACCAGCUUCUUUGGCAGUUGAUCCACUAACUGGGUUUAUUUACUGGUCAGAUCUGGGUGAGCCAUCCAUGAUAGAAAAAGCAGGAAUGAAUGGUGUCAAUAGGCAGCUUCUGGUUACCAGAGAGAUUCAGUCACCAAAUGGUAUUGCACUUGAUCUUGUGAAAAGCCGUCUCUAUUGGAUUGACUCAAAACUGCACAUGUUGUCCAGUGUAGACUUCAGUGGACAAGACAGAAGGACAGUACUUUUUUCACGUCAAUUCCUUGCUUAUCCAUGUGGCAUCUCAGUAUUUGAGGAUCAUGUGUUCUGGACUGAUGAAAUAAGCAAAGCCAUUUAUGCAGCCAACAAGUAUACUGGAACAGAUCUGAUGACUUUAGUUUCCAAUCUUAAUCAACCUCAAGAUGUCAUUAUUUAUCACACUUUAAUGCAGCCAUCUGGCAAAAACUGGUGCAAUGAGAAGUUGAAAAACGGAGGCUGUAAAUACCUAUGUCUCCCUGGUCCACUGAUUAGUCAAUUGCCAAAAUAUACCUGUGUGUGUCCAUCUGGAAUGAAACUAAAGGAUGGAAGACAUUGUGAAUUGGCUAAUGCUACCUGUCAAGCAUCUGACUUCAUCUGUCAUGAUGGACAAUGUGUACCCAGUAAGUGGCAGUGUGAUAGCAAUGCUGACUGCAAAGAUGGAGCUGAUGAAGCCCCAGAUGCUUACCAGAGAAUCUGUCAUAUGAAUGAAAUCAGUUGUGGCUCUGGAUCUCAUCAGUGUAUUCCUGUAAAUUGGAAAUGUGAUGGAGAAAAGGACUGUGUUACUGGCAGUGAUGAAGAGAACUGUGACCACCUUACUUGCAGCUCAAAAGAGUUUACCUGUUCCAGUGGCAGUUGUGUUUCCAGAGCAUUUAUCUGCAACGGGGAAGAUGACUGUGGUGAUGGAAGUGAUGAAAGGGACUGCACUCCAUCUAUCUGUCACCCACAUGAGUUUCAAUGCAAUAAUUCUAAUUGCAUUCCCUUGGAUUGGGUAUGUGACACCAAUGCUGAUUGUGCUGACCAGUCUGAUGAAUCUCCACACCAUUGUGGACAUAUCAUUCUUCGUCCUGUGACUUGUUCUCCUGGUGAUGUUCCAUGUGGCUCUGGUGAAUGCAUUCACAAUAAAUGGUACUGUGAUGGUGAUGCAGACUGUGAAGAUGGAAGUGAUGAAGUUAAUUGUCCUCCUCUAACAUGUAGCCCAGAUGAUUUCCAGUGUGGUGAUGGUGCCUGUAUUCCUGGAAAUGAAAUAUGUAAUGGACUUUGGGACUGUUCUGAUGGUAGUGAUGAAGUCAUCUGCAAGAGUGAGUGUACAGGACCCAAUGAUUUCAAAUGCCAAAGUGGGGAAUGCAUAAAUGCAUCUCUAGUGUGCAAUCAACAUAAAGACUGCAAGGACCGGAGUGAUGAACCCCUUGAAGGAUGCAAUGUGAAUGAAUGUUUAGUAAACAAUGGAGGCUGCUCUCACAUCUGCAUUGAUCAUCUUAUUGGUUACAAGUGUGGAUGUCUUAUAGGCUUUCAGUUAUCUGCAAGGACCUGUGUUGACAUUGACGAAUGUCAAACUCCUGAAACCUGCAGUCAAAUUUGUAUCAAUUUGGAAGGAAGCUACAAGUGUGAAUGUCACCAAGGAUAUCAUAUGGAUCCAACUAAUGGUGUUUGCAAAGCUGUUGGAAAGGAACCUUACUUGAUCUUCACAAACCGUCAUGACAUCAGGAAGCUGGGACUGCAUCAUCAUGAGUACACCCAGGUAGCUGUGCAGCUAAGAAAUGCUGUAGCACUAGAUGCUGACAUUGCUGAACAGAGAAUUUUCUGGGCUGACUUGGGCCAGCAAGCAAUUUUCAGUGUGUCUAUGAAGUGGGAAGACACAGCUGGUAAUUCCAUAGUAGUCAAGAAUGUAGACAACCCUGUAGGGAUUGCUGUUGAUUGGGUUUACAAGCAUAUCUACUGGACUGAUCGUGGUACUAAAACUAUAUCUGUUGCAACAUUUGAUGGAGCUAAAAGGACUAUCCUCUUUGACACAGACCUAAAGGAACCAGGUUCCAUAGAAGUUGAUCCACUAUCUGGGUUUGUUUACUGGUCAGACUGUGGUGAACCAGCAAAAAUAGAAAAAUCAGGAAUGAAUGGUGUGGAUCGGCAGCUCCUGGUUACCAGAGGGAUUCAGCAGCCAAGUGGCAUUGCACUUGAUCUAGUGAAAAGCCGCCUCUAUUGGGUUGACUCAAAGUUGCACAUGUUAUCCAGCGUAGAUCUAAAUGGUCGUGAUAGAAGAACGGUGCUGCAGUCACAAGAAUUUCUUACUCGUUCAUUUGCUGUCUCAGUAUUUCAGGAUAGUGUCUUCUGGAUUGAUAAAGAGAAUGAAGCCAUUCAUGAAGCCAACAAGUUCACUGGAGAACAUCUGGUAACUUUGGUCAGUAAUCUGAAUGGACCUCAAGACAUCAUUGUUUAUCAUGAGUUAAUCCAACCAUCGGGAAGAAACUGGUGCAGUGUGAAUGGGAAGAACAGAGGCUGUGAAUAUAUAUGUGUGCCUGCACCUCGGAUUAGUAGCUAUUCCAAGAAAUUUACCUGUAUGUGUUCCCCUGGAAUGAUGCUUGAGGAUGGACAAUAUUGUAGGGCAGGUACAUGUAACAGUUUUCUUACAUAA